UCAAGCUCAGAUAGAAAAGAGAAGGAACCUCCUGACGAUAAUAAUAGAUUCCAAAGUUUCCAUGGCAGACUCCUCAAAGCGACUCUCGAGGCGCCUUCUUUUCGACCGUCGUUACGGCUGGAUAAUUGAUGAAUGGAAAGACCCAUCAGAAGAAGCUCUAUCCGGAGGCCGGGGAAUGUUUUGCGUAGUGCCUCUGACAAAAGCUUUGACGAGGACGAUUUCCCAGUCGAUUAGUCUUGCAGCGAGCUCUGCAGUGAAAGCUCUUGAGAGGACAGAGCAGAUAUUGCCUCACGUAGUGCAAGAUGGUCUAAAUGAUCAUCUUCACAAGUUCAUGUCUUCUUUGCAGAAUCUGGAACUCAACUCUUUCUUCCUAAAAGGAAAUUUGCAAUCACAUGCUACCGGUUGCUCUUCUGAUCCAGAUACGGAAAGCAGUGAUUCACAAAAGGGUUGAAGGAAUUAAAUUUGACCAUCCCCUUUCACAUUAAUAUCUAUCCUUCCUUACUUUAGGCCUAUGUAGAUGGACUUUGAGGUUCCUGCAAAUGAAUUUUACAGCAAAUUAGACGACCUCCUCAAUGAUGAUUAUGAUUGCAAUGAAUUAUUUACUGUUUUGAACCGAUCUAUGUCCUUGGAAUAUGAAAUAUGAAGCUUCUUUAAGAAAA